AUGUUUGCUAUAGAAAUUUCAUCUAAAACCUUUGAAGGUUUAUCAACGGUGAAUCAACAUCGUAUGGUAAAUGAAUUGUUACAAGACGAUAUUAAAAAAAUGCAUGGGUUGCAGCUUAAAACUUCAGCCUCUUAG